GCGGCGCUCGGGGCGGGCAGAGGCCGCCGCUCCCCCCGCGCCGCCGGUCGCGGCCCGUCCCGGCCCCGCCAUGGCCGCCCCCCCGCGCCUCGGCAUCCAGAUGCUGCUGGAGGCCGCCGAGUUCCUGGAGCGGCGGGAGCGAGAAGCCGAGCACGGUUACGCCUCGCUGUGGCCCAGCGGGAAGGACGGCGAGGCCCCGCGGCGCCGCGCCAAGGCCCGGAGGAGCGGCGGCGGCGGCAGGUCGACACACAAUGAGAUGGAAAAGAACAGGCGUGCCCAGCUGCGGCUGUGCCUGGAGAGGCUGAAGGGGCUGGUGCCUCUGGGGGCGGCGGCCGGGCGGCACACCACGCUCAGCCUCCUCACCAGGGCCCGCCUCCACAUCCAGAAGCUGGAGGACCAGGAGCGCCGUGCCCUGCACCAGAUCGAGCAGCUGCAGCGGGAGCAGCGGCACCUGCAGCGGCAGCUGGAGAAGCUGGGCAUGGAGCGGGUCAGGAUAGACAGCAUCGGCUCCAGCCUCUCCUCCGAGCGCUCCGACUCGGACCAAGGUGAGAGCCCGCCCCGGGGCGCGGCCCGAGGCGGGCCUGGCCCUGCCGGAGCCCCAACCCUUCCCGUUGCCCCGGCAGAAGAGAUGGACGUGGAUGUGGAGAGCACGGACGACCUCCCGGCCGACCUGGACUGGAGCAGCAGCAGCCCCAGCGACUCGGACGAGCGCGGCAGCCUGCAGAGCCUGGGCAGCGACGAGGGCUACUCCAGCUCCGGCGGGACCAGGGCCAAGCUGGCCGGCAGCAGGAAGCUUCCCGUGGGCGUUUAGGGAGCAAUUCCCACCGCCGUCCCCUCGGGAUCCCGUCAGCCAGCACAGCGACCUCGCCAGCGUUCCCUGCACGGAGCCCCCGCCGGCUCCCGGGGCUCCCGGGGCUCCGCCGCCCUGCUCUGCCCGGCCCUGGAGCACCCGGGAGUGUCCUGGCAAUAACAGCGAGCUCAGGAGCCUCCCCUGGCUUCUCCCCAGGCUGUCACUGCCCGGUGUUCCCCAUCUCCUCGGCCUCGGCACGCUGCCCGUCCUCAGGAGCCGGAGAGCUGAGGUGUUCCGGGAGCGGUCCCGAGGGAGAGCCGGUGCUCUCUGGGGUUUCCCUCCGUGGGGCCGGGCUGGGAGCGCUUGGGGCACAGGGAUCAGCCUCAGUCGGGGCUUCCUUGCCCGACUCUAAACCUUCAGGGACCCCAGGCCAGCCCUGCCUGCCCGGAGCAUUCCUGGCUGGCUCAGAGCCGUGCCCACCCUGGGCUCCGAGUGCCCGGCCUUCCAGACUCCUGGAAUCCCCCUCCCAUCCUCUCGGGGACAGCUUUUUCUACCUCGGAGGGAGCCCAGGGCCUCUCUCCACCCCUUCAGCACAAAGAUGAUGCCUCUGCUCAGCAAUAACCCCGCGGGAUUUUCCGUCUCCGUCCGCCCGGGAUCGCUCCAGGCUCCUGGAAGGUUCCAGAAGCCACCACAGGGAGGGAGGGCAGCCCGGGGGUUCCCAGUGCACUGGAGGGAGCAUUCCCAGCCCUUCUGGAGACGUGGAGAGCUCUGCUUCCAGCACCUUCCUUUUCCCCUGGGGCUGGUCCGAGGGCAUUGCCAGCCCCGAGCCUCUGCCGGUGCCGGGAGGCGGCGGGAUGCUCCAGGGAGUGCCAGGGCACGGAGGAGCAGCCGGAGCCCACAGUGCUCUGUCCUUUCCUUUGUCCUUUCCCUUUUUCUUUCCCCUUUUUCCUUUCCCCCUUAUGCCUUUCCUCCUUUCCUUUCCUUGUUUCCCUUUUUUUUCCUUCUCCUCCUUCUUUUCCUUCCCUUUUCUCCUUUUCUGUUCCCCUUUCUCAUUUUCCCCCAGUCCCAUUCCUGGCUCACGUGGGGAAGUGGGAAUUCACCCACAGGCCCCACAAGUUGCCCAAAUCCCCCAGGUUCUGGCUCUUUUUUCCAUGUGCUGGCUCAUAAGAGAGAAAAAAAAAAAGAACAAAAAACCAAAAAACAAACCAAACCCAAACCACAAGGAAUUUUCCUUUAAAGCUGCUGGAAUUUUCCACCCUCUGGCAUUGUCACAGACCCUGGGCACCUGAGCUCAACCCCUGCACGGCCAAAAAGAGGGAAAAAAAGGCAGAAAGAUGGAAAACACAGAGAAAAAAGAGGAAUAGCAGCUGCUGGGGGCCCUGGCUCAGGUGGCUUUGCCUUCACCUGGGGAAUCCCACCUGUGGGCAGGUGGUUCCCAGCACUGGGAGGGCCCUUCCAGAGGUACCAAACGUUGAUUUUCGGGUGGGUUUGGACAUUCUGAAGGUCUGGCCUCAGCACAGAUGGGGGGUUUUGGCAGGUUUGUGCCUUUCUGAGUUCCCAAUGCCUUUUUCCCCCUUUUCCCCCCUCCUAGCCCAGCCUGACCCUUCCCAGCCCUUUGCACUGUGGGGCUGUGCACGGGAGCCCCAGCACUGCCCUGACCUGGAAUCCUCCAGCCUUUUCCUGGAAUUCACUGAUCCACCAGCAUUCCUAUCAAAUAAGCUGCAGGAAGGACUUUUUUAUAGGUUGUGACAAAAACUCCAGGGAGUGGGGGGAGUUGGAUGGGGCAGGGGCGGGUGGGAACCACAACCUCCCAUUUUUGGGGCUGGUUCUCCUUUCUUUUUCCUUUUGGAGUGCAGAUCCCAAACCAGCUCCCAGGAAGCACCAAAAUGUUCUUUUCACCCUCGGUUUUUCCAGCAGGGUCCCCCGUCUCCACCCAAGCUUUCCUUUGUUGUUCUUUGGGACACCUGGUUUGUGCUUUCUCUCCUUUUCUGUUCGUUCUGCUCCCCAGGCAGUGGCUCCAGCCCAGCCCGGCUCCCUGGGCAGCUGGGAGGGGCUCAGCUCCCCUUUCCAGCCCUUCCUGCUGUAAAUACCCCACGCAGGGCUGCACCCGUGGCAAGCCAAUAGAAUGGUGCUUUUUUCCUUUUUUUUCCCUUUUUUUCCUUUUUUUUUCCUUUUUUUCCUUUUUUUUUCUUUUUUUUUUUUUUUCUUUUAUUUUUCUUUUUCUUUUUUUUUUUUUUUUUUUUUUUAGGAAUUCCGUGUUUUAGGAGAUCUUUGCUGUGUCCAUGGAUAUUUCUGUCUUGUUUGAUUGUUAGGAAAUAAAUUAUUUGGUUACGAAA